UUGCAGGCCACAUGCUGGCUGAACGUGAACAAGUGAAGCUGUUUUUUGUUUUUUGUUUUUUUUUUUUUGCCGUCAGCGCCGUGAAGUUCAGAGGGUUGUCGGUGUGGCGGUGGGGGCGGACGCGGCAGGACUCUCCUCUGCUGUCCUGCGGUAACAUUGUUGUGGAACGACGUCACACCUCGAAAAUGAAGGCACGGAGGCAGCCAUUACUGGAGCUUCUCUAAUUAUUUCCACUCCAGAGAAACACACACGGAAAAAAAAACUCCCAUGGCAAGAGCUACAAGUCAGAUGUAUGAUGUUGUGCCCAUUCAGCCCAACGUUGCCAUCUGUUCCUGCUCUCAUCCAUCAAUGGCAAGAAACCACCCUGACUCCUGUUCGCCACUCGCUAUCCCAAGCAGCGGUCACUGCCCCGGCAUGGAGGGCUCAGCCCCGCAGCCGUGUGCCGUAGGAGCGUCCGGCAGCGCCCCGAGCUCGGAGGCCCGCACGCAGCCGGCCGUCCAGACGCCUCAGCCACGCAAGAAGAAGCCGGAGGACUUCAAGUUUGGCAAGAUCCUGGGAGAGGGCUCCUUCUCAACGGUUGUUCUGGCGAGAGAGUUGGCCACAGGGAAAGAUUAUGCAAUCAAGAUUUUAGAGAAGCGCCACAUAAUGAAGGAGAACAAAGUCCAGUACGUGAAAAGAGAGAGAGAUUUGAUGUCGAAUCUCGACCACCCAUUCUUUGUAAAGCUCUACUUCACAUUUCAAGACGAUGAGAAGUUGUAUUUUGGUCUUAGUUAUGCUAAGAAUGGUGAACUCCUAAAGUACAUUCGCAAAAUCGGUUCAUUUGAUGAGACCUGUACUCGAUUCUACUCGGCGGAAAUAGUUUGUGCGCUAGAAUACUUACACAAAAAGGGGAUAAUUCACAGAGAUCUGAAACCAGAAAAUAUUCUUUUGAAUGAGGAGAUGCAUGUUCAGAUAACAGAUUUUGGAACAGCGAAGCAGUUAUCGUCUGACAGUAAACAAGCAAGAGCAAACUCCUUUGUUGGAACAGCACAGUACGUGUCUCCUGAGCUGCUAACAGAAAAAUCCGCCUGCAAGAGUUCUGAUCUGUGGGCUUUGGGAUGUAUUAUCUAUCAGCUGGUGGCUGGUUUACCACCUUUUAGAGCUGGAAAUGAGUAUCUAAUAUUCCAGAAAAUAAUAAAGCUGGAGUACGAGUUCCCAGAGAAAUUCUUCCCCAAAGCCAAGGAUCUGGUUGAACAGCUUUUGUCUUUAGACCCAUCCAAGCGGCUCGGUUGUGAAGAGAUGGGAGGGUACGACCCGCUGAAGCAGCACCCCUUCUUUGACACCAUUUCCUGGAGUGAUUUACACCAGCAGACGCCCCCUAAGCUCACGCCGUACCUGCCAGCUAUGUCUGAAGAUGACGAGGACUGCUAUGGAAAUUACGACGACCUCCUGAGCCAGUUCAGCAACAUGCAGGUGGCCCCGUCCAGCUCGUCGCACUCCUUGUCGCCGCACGAUUCUGCGCCGCCGCAGAGGUCCAGCAGCAACAUAGAGCAGUACAUCCACGACCUGGACAACAACUCCUUUGAGCUGGAUCUGCAGUUCACCGAAGAGGAGAAGAAAUUAUUACUGGACAAACAGACCAACGGCAACCCUUGGCAUCAGUUUGUGGAGAAUAAUCUAAUCUUGAAGAUGGGCCCAGUGGACAAACGCAAGGGUCUGUUUGCUCGUCGGAGACAGCUGCUCCUGACUGAAGGGCCACACCUGUACUACGUGGAUCCUGUCAACAGGGUCCUUAAAGGGGAGAUUCCUUGGUCCUUAGCAUUACGCCCUGAGGCCAAAAACUUCAAAACCUUCUUUGUUCACACGCCCAACCGGACGUACUAUCUGAUGGACCCCAGUGGAAACGCCGACAGAUGGUGCAAGAAGAUCCAGGAGGUGUGGAGAAGGUUCUAUCAGAGGCAUCCGAACCCCGGCCUAUAGGAGCGCAAUCCAUCGUGUGCCCGUUCAUUUUUUAUUUUUUUUUUUAGCUCUGAGGCCAAUCACUGAGCAGAAUAACACCCUCUUUAGUGCCCUUCAUCACCGCAAUGUAAACAAACUCUUAGAGACGCUGGCAUCUAGACCUUGUUUUCCUGAGUAGAUCCAUGGGAUAAAUACGACUUUGGAUUCAGGGUUGCUUUGCUUGUUCUUUGUGCUCUCUCUGAGGCUUCUAUUGCGUUUUCCACGUAUGGAUGAUAAGACUUCCACAGUGAACCUCUGCAUUUUGUACAUUCUGCUUCGGGUGUGGGGCAGCGGGGUGGGGGGGGGGGGCUGAGAAGAUGGGCAAGCUUGUCUUGUACAGUGAUGCAAGCUUGGGUACUGCUAGGACUAUCCUGAAUGCAAGGACUGGUUUCCUGCUUCAAUGAUAACAGAAUCUAGCUUUUAUGAACCACAGCCUGACUAGAUAUCUUUAAUGAAACCAUAUCCUAAUCAUACAUUAUAUGUGCAAGUUGUUGUAAAAGCCCGACUUUUAGUGCAUUUACUCUCUCUAGUUGUGACAGAUACUGUAAACUGAUUCAGUCUCACACUUAUCCAGCUCAAAUCCCACGUGUGUCUUUUCGUUUUUCCCUCCAUUUAUUCCCGUGGCGGUGGAGUUGUUUUUCAGUCUCCUGGUACUUGCUUAUUGCGGUCCAAUUAGAGUCUCUGAGUAACAGAGCGGAGCUCUGGCCUGCAGUGAGAGAUGGGUCUGAACCAGUCUGCGAGUCGGCCUUCUAUAGCUGUUACUAAGGUUGUUUAUUUUUAUUAUUUUUUUUGUUUGGGUGGGUAAAGAUGCCACUAGCUUGUACUUCUUCAUCCUAACUUGCUGAUCUUUUCUGCAUGGCCAGUUUUGUUGCUACAGCUUCUCUAUUUUGGGCACUGGAGAUGUAGUUUAAGUUUAAAAAGAAAAAAAAAAGUGGGUAUUUUUUUUUUGACUGCUUUUGGCAACCAUUGCAAAAAAAUUGGAUGUCUUGAUUGUUUUGUACCAUUUUACCAGUUUCUGUGGCGUGGAUUCUCCUAAGUUUCCCUCUCCGACGGAAUAGACGGCUCAUCUCCUGUUUGUCUUACUGAAAAUAAAAAAUCUCAUGUGCUGACCACCCCAUGCUGAACAGAACACCUCCAUGAACAGAGAUGCAUACGCCUACUAUCAUUCUCAGAAGCAAUCAGAAAAAGCUGUUGUCCCUGGACAAGGUGGCAGAACUGCCUCAGCGGCCUCACCGGCCCUUUUCUUUUUAUUAUUAUUAUUAUUAUUCUCUUUGAUUUUUGUUUUUGAUUUCACUCUGUUGUUUGGCCCAAUAGAAAUUAAAGCGAAUGAUUUGACUUGUGCUCUUGUUUUAGCAGUAUGUAUUAUCAUAAUGCUUUAAUUUUUUUUUUUUUUUGACGUAGUACCUUAAGGUCCUUUGCGAAGGCCCCUCUUCCUUCAGCUGAGUUUGUGUGCAGUGUGUGACUGGAGUAUAAGUGAACAGGACCCUGGAGCCAACCGGGGCGUCAUGUGGUUGGAUGUCCGUUAGCAGAUAUCCAUCUGAUCCAAAUAAACCGAUUAAAUUGCUGUAUCUGUCGGUAAAAGUCGAGGAAGCGCCAGAAGAGUGUUUUUUUUUUCCCCCUAUUGAUUUAAUAAUAAAAAAAAUAAAAAAAACAACCCUAUUCUGAAUCAAGUCGAUGGCAGUCGGUUACAUCAUGUAAGAAAAACUCUACCUGGUUUGUAACUGACAAGAACUGUGAUGUACAGAUCAUGUAUUAUUAAAUCUGAAGCGAAUAAUGCAAUGAUAUUAGGAUACAGUUUUUGUAUUUUUUUCUUGUAUAAGGUUAUUGAUGGCUAUUGUUUAGCCUAUAGUUCAUUCUGUGUUAUUUAAAUUCUAAUAUAUGAAUCAUAUUUGGAUUGAAGUCAUGUUCAGGGGCCAUGUUGUGUAUGUAUUGAGAUAUAAAGCCUUUGAAUGUGAAUAAUUAUUGUAAACUAUAAUAUUUUACAGCUUUUUUCUUACUAUAUCAUACAUUUUCUAUUUGCUCAGUGACUUAAUCAUAUUCUGAUAAUUUAAUGAAUCUGUUCAUUCUGUCUGAUUAUUUGUGCGCUAGGUCAGUAGAUGUUGAAUGAUGACUUUUCCACUUAAUGCUUGGUAGUCCAGUAAUUAAAGCAUGUAGGGAUUUAGGCAUUCAAAUGAAAGCCAUGUGUCUUGUCUUCUGUUUAACAACCUCCACCACAGCACUGUGGUCCAGUGGUAAUGACAUCUCACAUUUUUGCAGCAUGUAAAUAAAGUACCGACCCAUUAUCUGUG